AUGAAUAAUGCAAGGCAGUGCGUUUACUGCAGGGCAAACUACAGUGUUCAUCCCGUUCUCUGUUGCGAUCAGGCGCUCGAGUAUGCGAAAACUCCAAAAGCCAUGGAGGAAACAGUCUUAAUGAUGGAGCCCGUUGAACAUAAAUUGAAAAGUAAAACGUCCGGAAACGUGCAAUGGAAAGCUUUCAGUCACGCUUGGCUGGCCGACGGAUAUUAUAUAGCAGCGCAAGUGCGCAACAUCGACGAUCUGCGACGCUCAGAUCGGCUGUUGAAGAUGGAUCAUGUUAAUUCAGGUUUGCAGUAA